UUGACGCCUCUUGGGUCACCCAUAGACCGCUUAGUGGAUUAUGGUUGAUUCUACGGGAUGAUAGGGGAUAUGAAGUUGUUGGACAACAAGAUUGUCUUAGAAGUCUGUCCGUUUUACAUGCUGAGAUGGAUGACCUCCUUUGAGUGAUGUUUUGCCUAAGAGAAAUACGAAUAUAUGUGACACAUUUUCAGAUAGAUUAUUCGGAUUCGGUGAGCAUAAUCGAGUCCCCAGUGGACUGGCCUUCUUUUAUGUAAGAAUUUCAUCACUUCCACUUUUUAUAUGGAACUUUUGAUGUGUGUAUACUAUCCCAUAUCCCUAGGACACAAAAUGUUUGUGCUGAUACUCUUGCAAAAAAGGCUUGAGCACAAGGUAUUGCAUUUUUCUACGUCAAUCAUACUGACUUGUCGAAGAUGCUCCAUUGACCAACCUGCCGAUUAGCCACAUGUAAUGGGUAGCAGGAAAAAAAUAAAUAAUGUUCUUACUUGCAAACUGCCAAUUCCUUGUUCAGGUAAAUAAAUAAAAACAAAAUUGGAAAAAUUUCUAAGAGGCCCUGAUUCGAUUCGUAUCCCUCCCUCCAAAGCAUUCAUUUUUUUUUUUCGGCUCCUUUCGUUCUCCCUCAAAAACAAAUGUCGUCAAGUUGGGACGGCGACGAGGAUUUUACAGAGGAGCAGCUUCUCGCUAUCGACGCCAUUGAAGCUUCCUAUAACUCACAUUCUUCUUCUUCUUCUUCCUCCGCUACUCCGACCGUACGGCCUGAUACCUCCGGUCAUCGACACGAGGCUCCAUCAUCUCAAGCCCCUAAGAUCCGUCGCCAGUUGCCUCGCUCCAUCACUUCUCCUACAGCUUACAAGCGAUUUCCACUCUCUCGCUGCAGAGCUAAGAAUUUUCCGGCCAUGAGGUUUGGUGGUAGAAUUUUGUAUAGUAAGACUGCUAGUGAGGUUGAUAAGAGAGCAAUGCAGCUUUUAAAGGUUCUUGAAACCAAGAGAGAUGAUUCUGGAACAGCUAUUGUUGGGUUUGAUAUUGAGUGGAGACCAAGUUUUAGAAAAGGUGUUCUCCCGGGGAAGGUUGCAGUUGUGCAGAUAUGUGUAGAGAAUAAUUAUUGUGAUGUGAUUCACAUUAUCCAUUCUGGUAUCCCACAGAGUCUUCAACAGCUUAUUGAGGAUUCAACACUCGUAAAGGUAGGUAUUGGAAUUGACGGUGACUCUGUGAAGCUUUUCCAUGACCAUGGAGUAUCCAUCAAAGAUGUCGAGGAUCUUUCAGAUUUAGCCAACAAAAAAAUUGGCGGAGAUUCGAAAAAAUGGGGUCUUGCCUCUCUAACUGAGACACUUGUUUGCAAAGAGCUCCUGAAGCCAAACAGAAUUAGGCUCGGGAACUGGGAGGUCCAGCCUCUGUCAAAGGAGCAGUUACAAUACGCAGCAACCGAUGCUUAUGCUUCAUGGCAUCUUUACCAGGUUCUAAAGGAGCUUCCUGAUGCAGUCGAUUGCUCAUAACGUGAAGGAUGAAGCUUUAGAGGUUAGCUUAUGAUUACCACAAGAGGGAGCCUCUGUAAUGGUAUUAAAUGAUAUGAUAGUCUACUAGAAGCAAUUCUUAUGGGAUAUGCAAACGAGAUUUGAUUAUUUGAACAUUGUAAUCUAGUUGCAGUUCUUUAAUCGCCUCUUAUGGUCGGCUUUUAACAUCCCACUGUUAUUUGGUUGAGCUUUAAAGAAACGUCCCACUGAUAUAACUAUAUGGUAAUUAGUAUAAGGUCUUCAUAGGCUGAAACUU